UUUAUUUUUUUUCUGUAGAUUUUAUUUGAAAUGAUUUAAAACUUUACGGAUGUAUUAAAGUAAAACCACAACCCAAGGAUGGGAAAAAACAAAGUAGACAAUGAUGAAAGCGGCGGUCAACAAAAAUGCGGAUCCACAACCCGACACGAUGUUGUAACCUGGGUGUUUUCCAUGUUGUUUAUCAUUGCUUGGCUUGGCUGCAUGUGGGCGUGGGGCGCCUCCAAGGGUUGGAACGCACAGUCGGGCUACACAUACGAAAGCGUGAACAAUUCCAUGAUAAGAUUCUUACCUGAACCUUACUUUUGCAAUGAUACUUCAAUACCAGGUCGUUCGGGAGCAGACUGUGUUGGUACUUGGUAUUUCUGGAAGCUUCCACCCGACCAAGCAACAAUAUUAACUCACGCAAUCGUGUGGUUGUUCUACUGCCUUCACCAAGGCUUUAUAUGGGCGUUAAUAUACAGAGCUCAACUUACCGUGUCAAGGCGGAAAGAUGGCGCGCGUACCAAGAAAUACGGGAGUGAAAUGCGAUGGUUUAAUUGGUCGCUACUUGGUGUGAACGCUGUGUUUCAUAUCUUGCAUCUGGUACAAACGCAUUGGACGUAUGAUGGAACCGCACAAGACGUCGCAGUUUCAUCCUCGCAGGCUUCCGUCAUUAUGAUGAUUUGUUUUAUUCUUUUAAUGGAAUAUCGAGACAGAGGAAUUAUAUUAAUGUGGCCGAACCCAAGCUCUGAUGAUAAACUUGCAAAAUAUCUUCGACUUAAUCAAGGUCCCGUACAACUUAUACGAAAGUAUCAUGGGUUUAUCUUCUCGUGGGCGACAAUAUACACAUUCUGGUAUCAUCCCAUGGAAAAUACAUGGGGACAUACAUUUGGUUUCUUUCACACAGCUAUGGUGUUGUUGCAGGGAAGUCUCAUCUACACUGACAUGCAUCUUAACAGAUACUGGAGAUUGUUGAACGAGGUGUGGGUGUUCGCGCAUGGUACCGUGAUUGCGGUUCAAACCAGCAACCCCGAUGUAGCAGGAGGAAGCUCUUUGUGGCCAAUAUUUACAUUCGGGUUUGGAUUUGUCCUUGCGUUUACACAGGUGUUUAGUUUCCCUUUCUGGAAGAAAAUCUCGCCGUAUUUUCGAAUCAUCCCAGUUUUGAUAUUUCUCACGAUCGUUCUUGCGCUUUGUGGGACCGUGGUGAAAGGAAAGGAACCGGGUCAAACAGGUUUCAGCCGGAUUUACGAAAUGUUUUUCAUUCCGGCCGAGGAAUAUAUGAUGCUCCUCUUUUCAUGGCUGUUCCUUUACAUAUUUAUUCGGAUCGAAGCAGCGAUCAUCGGGGAUAAGAAACUAGAUUCGAAUUAUGAAAUGUCGCCAACCAAACAGGCGUUCUACCUCGCUGGUGUGGUGAUGGUCUACGCAGCUUUUGUCCUCAUCUCAUAUUUCUGGAGGUUUGCCAACGGUGAUAUGCUCACACUCAUGAUCAUCUUCGUGUUCAUCUUUUCGUUCGGAUGUUGCAUCACCGUCAUGUUGUUCAAACAGAUAAUGGGCCCACACCGUAGCAUGGUGAGACCUGCAUGCGUAGGUAACGCAAGCCCAACCAAGUUUAGUGAAACCGAGACAACACAGCCGUCCACCAACAGUUCGGUGGGCAACGACAACGGCGCUUACGAAGCCGAAUCUUUUUAACUUUUAAGUGACGAAUAAAAGGUUAUUGUGCACCAGUGUUACUUUUAAGUUUAACCCGCUCUUGAAAUUUGUUACCGAGCAAAAUAAUUACCCACAGCUACAGAUUGCGAAAAUGUUCCCUAUUUAAUAUUAAUAUAGUAUUGUGGGGUAAGAUGGGAUACCGUUAGCACACAAUAUCCCAUAUUCCCUAAUCGUGUUUUAGACAGCAAUUAACAACUUUCUUUUAGUUUAGAUAAGUAAUAAUAAUUUAGUAAAUAUUUUUUGUACUUCUAAAUGAUACUGAAUAAAAACAUGGGCCAUCUUACCCCACUCUACUGCUUACCAAAUCACCACAUUGUUACAAUCUUGUGGAUUAUUUACAUCGUGGAGAUUUGCGCCUAUAAAUGCUACUUCACCUAAUUGCUUGUUUUUUGUAUUCUGUGUAAAUGUUUUUUUCUACGUUGCGACACGCCAAGGGUCGUGGCCAGGGUUUGCAAUUUAGUAUGGGAGCAAUUUCACGUUGCACAACUUGUCUGCUAUGUAAUUUAAUACGUCAGCUAAGUUAGUUGCUUUUUGCAUGUGUUUGUUGUGGUUUAUGAAACACCCGAGUUAUAACGACUGUUCUUGCCCUAUUAGAAGGAUAAAUAGGUUGCAUUAACUCAUUUUAAA